AACUCAGCUGUACCGCCUCAUUUCUUGCCGAUUCAAAAUUCACAGCAGUUGCUGGUCCUUGGUUUUCAGACAUGGAUGUUGAAGUUACUCUUUCACAGAGCACGCCUAUGUUUUCAGAUGCUUCUCAUUUUAUAAAUGAGGUUGAUGUUGAAGUGCCAGUCGCGAUGGGAAGGAAUGAAGAAAACACUGUUAAUUGCCUUGCAAAUGACUUUCCGUCUGAAGAAAACGACCUAUAUUUGUCAGCAUGUAGAAUAAAAGUUGUUGGGUUUGAAGCUUCUGAGAUGCAGAAGAUUGUAAAUAUGAUUCUCAGAGGUGGAGGCUUCCGAUACAUGUUGUUCAAUGACAAAUUAACACACAUAAUAGCAACUGGCUUGAAGAUUGUGAUCGUCAGAAGAAGGAGAUCCCUAUUCUUGGUAGACACAUGGCAUAUGAUGAACUUAUUCCUAAAGCAUCUAGUAAAAUGAGCACCAUUGUUAUGGAUCGGAAUAAAGUUCCAAAUGUUCAUCCAAUCGUGCCAUCAAAUGUGUCAGAAGGAAAUAUUCAUGUUAACAUUGGAAAGACGUCAAUAGCAGUGGAAAGAAUUGAAGAAAAAAGUGAAUGGAGACAGGAAAAUGAAAUUAUCCCAGAAAAGCCAACAAUGUGUAGCAAAUGGUACAAACAAGAGUCAAGAAAAGAUGGGGCGUGAUUUCAUGGUUUUGUUUUUCUAGUUCCUUUCAGAAGAUCGGGUAUGUUGUAAAGAUUCUUUCCUCUUAUUUCAAACAGCAUGAUUAAUGUACACUAUGCACUUUAGGUUUUAGAUGUAUUAUUGUGGUAAAUAGCAUCCAUUUUUU